AUGGCCAAGAAGAUUUCGAAGCACUCGAGAGCUGCUAGAAGGUUGGAAGUCGAAGAUGUCGAAGCCCAGACGCUCGCGAAGCUUCCAAGAGCCCAAAAUUUGGAUUUAACAAACAAGCUGAUAAGAACAGCAUCAAAGAAUGAACAACUUUUGGAGGCGAAGAUGCGGAAGAAAGAAGGGUCCGGUAAGAGGGUCGGCAAAAAGUCUAUUGCAAAGGGCUUGCCUGAAAACCUAGAUAAAGAAAGAUUGGAAAAGGCGCUUAACGUUACAAGCAGACUUGACGGUAAAGUUCAGAAAGCUAAGUCAAGAGCCAAGUAUGUUCAGAAUGCAAGAAAAGCUGGCUGGGACCGCACCAACGAAAGUAUCAAAAGAGAUCUGGCUCUUUUAACGGCCUCAAAAUCAGACAUAAGCUCCAAGGACGACAAGACAGCCGAAGACUCCAUGGAACAAGAUGAGGCUUAUAUUGAUGAAGACGAGGGAAACUCCUCCACUCCACCUCAAGCUGAGGCAACGAACGCCUUUGAUUUACUGACGGAUGACGUCGAGGCGUAG